CUCACUUUCUGCUCGUCAUCAACAGCAGUACCAACACUACUCAAACAACAACAGCCACUGCGCAUCGCCGUCUUCUCUCUGCAGCCCCCUUUAUACCGUUGCUUCAGUUCAACCACCCUCAACCCCACCAAGAAGCGUAUCAGGAUGCCGCCAAAGAAGGGCGCCCCAGUCGUCGAGAAGGCUCGCCUCGGCAGGCCUUCCAAUAACUUGAAGAUGGGCAUCGUCGGUCUUCCCAACGUAGGCAAGUCGUCUCUCUUCAACACCAUUGCCAAGUGCGACCUCGGAAAGAGCGCAAACUUCCCCUACGCUACCAUUGAGCCCGAAGAGGCUCGUGUUCCCGUCCCCGAUGACCGUUUCCUUUGGUUGUGCGAGAAGUACAAGCCCAAGAGCGAGAUCCCAGCUUUUCUGACCUGCAUUGACAUUGCCGGUCUGACUGCUGGAGCCUCGACUGGUGCUGGUCUCGGCAACGCCUUCUUGUCCAACGUGCGCGCAGUAGACGGCAUCUUCCAGGUAGUCCGAGCGUUCGACGAUGCUGAGGUCAUCCACGUCGAGGGUGAUGUCGACCCGUGCAGAGACAUGGAGAUCAUCUCAAAGGAGCUGCGUCUCAAGGACAUCGAGUGGACCGAGAAGUCUCUCGAGACGGCCAGGAAGAAUGCUCGAGGAGCCUCUGGUCUCGACGCAAAGAGGAAGCAGGAGGACAUUGCCACCAUGGAGAAGGCUCUCAAGGCGCUGACAGAGGACAACAUGGAUGUGCGAAAGGUCGACUGGUCGCCCAAGGAGGUCGACGUCAUCAACACCAUGUCCCUCCUGACCGCCAAGCCCGUCAUCUACCUCGUUAACCUCAGCGAACGCGACUACGUCCGCAAGAAGAACAAGUGGCUCCCCAAGAUCAAGCAAUGGAUCGAUGAGAACAACCCAGGAGACCAGCUCAUCCCCUUCUCCGUCGCACUCGAGGAGCGUCUUGUCCAGGCCGGCUCACCAGAGAAGGAGCAGGAGGAGCUCAAGGCUCUGGGAGAGAACGUGACGGGAGCCCUGUCCAAGAUUACCAAGGCAGGCUACGAUGGGCUCGACCUCAUUCGUUACUUCACCUGCGGACCGGACGAGGUCCGUGCCUGGUGUAUCCGCUCGGGUACCAAGGCUCCGAAUGCUGCUGGGGUCAUCCAUUCCGACUUCCAGCAGAAGUUCGUCUGCGGUGAAAUCAUGGCAUUUAGCGAUCUGCAGCAGUACGGGACUGAGGGGGAGACCAAAGCGGCGGGCAAGCUGAGGCAAGAGGGCAAGAACUACAUCGUCGUGGACGGAGAUGUUUGUCAUUGGCAGGUGGGAAGAUAAUGUCGAGCAUGAGGAGGCAAUGUCAUCCAUACAGCGCGAUCCCAUUGGUGCGAUCACCUGAGCGUCGCUUGACUGCAGGCAAUUCCCUCUUCAUUUGUCCUCGCACCUCAGUAGAAGCACACCGAGCUGACCCCCUCAUAGCAAGCAUCGACGAGCAGCGGCUUACAGACAGCGCCGCAGUUGAGAGUCUUGCAAAUCUUGGCCCUCAUGGGAGGUCCGAUCUUGGAGCGGAAGGAGGAGCAAGCAGUCUUCACAUUGGCGAGCGUACCUCUGGCGGUUGUGUUUGAGUCGAGGGAGGAGACCUGCAUGCCUUUGCAGAUGAGAUCUUCGAAGCAGUCCCCUAGAUGCGUGGCUUGGAGGGUUGUGGUCAGGAGGAGCAUGGCGAGAACGACGGAGAUGGCCAUGCCAUCUCGCAAGAAAGCGAUGAAGCAGGCCACCAUUCAAUGGAAGGUCAGCAAGGUGAGAAUCGG